AUGGAACAGAUAAAUUCAACAGCUAAUGCAGAAGUUAAUGAUUCGACAAAUUCAAUUUUACAUAUUGAGACUAAUAAAGAACACAUCAAUGAGGAAGGACAACAGAAUAGAGUGUUUCCCUCAGAAAUACCAUUACCUAAAAAAAGAACUCGAUAUGAACCUAUAUUAAGAGAUAUGAUUGCUUUGCCUAAUACAGAAGAAGAAACGAAUGGAAUAACAAUUAUGACUUACAACUUACUUGCACAAUCACUUUGUAAACGAGAAUUAUUUCCAAAUUGUGGUGAUGCAUUAAAAUGGAAAAAUCGCCGACCAAGAUUAUUAAAAGAAAUAUUUCAUUAUUUACCUGAUUUAGGAUGUUUUCAAGAGAUGGACGAUACAAAUUUUAUUGAAACGUUUAAACCUGAAUUUGAGAAGUUUGAUUAUGAUUCACUCUUUUUUAAGAAUGAUACUAAACGGCACGGUUGCUGCAUAAUUUGGAAGAAAUCAAAAUUUACUAAAUUAAAAGAGUUAACAUUGGAUUUUGAUAAAUUUGGAUCACCUACUAUGACGACAAACUGUAUCGGAAUUGUCGUCGUAUUGGGAUGCGUUGGGGUAGAGAAUAAAGGGAUAUCAAUUGGUACCACACAUCUUUAUUGGAGGCCCGAAAGCAUGUAUGAACGUGCUAGACAAUGUCUGAUACUUUAUCAAAAUCUUUUAAAACUUAACGAAGGAUUUAAUUUUCCUGCGUUUUUAGCUGGUGAUUUUAAUUCAACUCCGGAAGAUCCAAUUUAUCAGUUAAUGGUAAAAAAUUCAUUAACCGAAAAAAAAUUGUCCGUGUUAAAAGAUUCUAUGAGAUCUUUUGGAGAUGAAAUAGAAGGUAGUACUGGUAGCGGUGAUAAUUUCGGAAAGAAGGAAGAGAAAGAGAAACAAUCUACAUCUUCAACUAAUGAAAUUAUAAUUGAACAAUCAACUACUUCUUCACAAUCUCUUACGGACACUCGACCUAAUCAAUCAUCACAAUCAUCAUCUCUUACUUUUACGUUAGAACCUUCUCAAUUAGAUUCAUUACUUUCAAAUUUUGAGAAUUUACCAAAAUGUUUGUCCCUUUAUGGACAGAAUUAUCAUUUAAUUGAUUCCGAAAAUAUUAUUGAAUAUUCGGAACCAAAGAUCACCCAUUACGGAUUACAUUUUAAAGGAACUCUAGACUAUAUAUUUUAUAUCCUCGAUCAUGAAAAAGAAAAUAUAAAUGAGGAAAAUCGUAAAGACGACGAGAAUAAAUUUAAAGUAUUUAAAUUAUUAAAAUUACCGAGAAAAGAAGAAUUUGAAUCAACUUCUUUACCAAAUUAUAAAUUUAAUUCUGAUCAUGUUUGUUUAAUGGUUGAAAUUGUUGGGCUUUGA